AUGAUAAAUAAAUAUGGGGCCGACCCAUUGCAAACAGUAAAGUUUUUUCGCUGCGAUCCCAAGAAUAAAAAAGCCCUAAUCUUCAUACAUGGUGGCGCCUGGAGAGAUCCCAAUAACACAUACGAUGAUUUUCAGGAUCUCAUAGAGCAGUUACCUGACGCCAAUGUCAACAUGAUUGGUAUCAACUACAGAUUGUCGCCAGAAGUGAAGCACCCUGCUCAUUUAAGCGACGUUAUAGAUGCACUUUUAUUCUUAAAAGAGAAAUUCAAUGUUGUUGAUGUCUCGUUGGUAGGCCAUUCAGUUGGGGCAACACUUAUACUUCAAUUGCUAACUUACAGACAUUGCAUUCCCACAGUGAGGCUUCUCGAUAUUCGAAUUGAGACUGUUUACUUUAUCGAUGGUAUUUAUGACAUUGCUGACCUCAUAGAGGAGUACGGUGCUGAUUAUAAGCUGUUCGUAGAUGCCGCCUUCUCCAGUAUACAAGACUACACCACAGCUACCGCUUUACGAGGACCCCUCAGUGAAGUGCCCUUCGAUUUUGAAGUAAAAAAUCUUUAUCUUCUACAUUCACUUGAGGAUGAGUUACUAUCAGAAAGACAACUGGAUCUCUUUGCACGAUUCUUGAAGAGUAAAGGGCUCCAUUUUUUUGACUUGAGAGGCAAGUGGGGUAAACAUGAACAGGUGUACAGAAGAAACGAGAUUGCCGAGAUUAUCAGGGAAUACAGCCUCAAUCAAUGA